UUUUUUCUUCACCGCCGCGACUCGAAAAUUCCUCGUUCCCCUUUCUACACGCCUCCCUAUAUUUCCUUAUUCAAAUCUCCUCGGUCUAUAAAUAAAUCCUCUCUUUAUCUGUGCAAUUCAAAGCAAUUCAAAGCAAUCAAAUCAGUUUUAAUUAAGUAACCUACCCUUCUCUCAUCAAUUACCUGUUCCGGGUUUGGAAAUAUGGUCGAUUUGGACUGGAAAUCGAAGAUGGUAUCCUCCGAUGUGCCCAGUACUUCUCCCAAACUGUCCAAUAAGCUACGUAUCUCGGUACCAUCUCCGGUUCAGGCGGUCCAAAUUUCACCUGCUUCGUCUUCUUCCUGCUCCUUGUACGAGCACUACUUUCGUAUCCCAGAGCUCUCGAAGCUCUGGACAGCCAGAGACUUCCCCAACUGGAAGAACGAACCGCUCAUGAAACCAGCGUUGCAAGCUCUGGAAAUCACCUUUCGGCUUAUCUCGGUAGUCCAAGCCGACCCACGACCGUACGCGAAUGGGUUCCAGUGGAAGCGCCGCCUCGAGUCGUUGGCUUUGAACCAGAUCGACCUAAUCGCUCUUCUCUUUGAAGAUGGGGAAGAGACGGCGGAGACACGUGGAACUACUCCGAUCGUCGAUGUUAGCACAUCCAACGGUGUUUUGGCCAGGGAUGGGAGUUUCGUUGAGGUGUGGAAGCUCCCCGGAGCGACAACUGUUGUGAAUCGGAUCAGCGAUGGAAGCUUGCUCCCUAAGCUUAACACGUGGCAGAAAUCGGAGGACAUGGCUUCCAAGAUCCUAUUUUCCAUCGAGUGCGCGAUGCGUAGGUGUCCAUUCACGUUGGGUUUGGGCGAACCCAACCUCGCCGGAAAACCUCUACUCGAAUACGACCUCAUCUGUAGACCGUCCGAUCUCCAUACCUUAAAGAAAAGCCCGUCCGAUCAGCGGAGCCUCGACAACAACGAGAACCAUGCGCUCUUUACAAUUCAUCAGAUCUUGGAAUCGUGGAUCCGCGCGUCUCAGGAGCUUCACGCACGGAUCGUUGAACGAAUCGAUGGCCAAGAUUUUGGAAAAGCAGCGAGUGAUUGCUGGUUACUGGAGCGGAUUUGGAAGCUCUUCGCAGAGAUUGAAGACCUCCAUCUUCUGAUGGAUCCGGGAGAUUUUCUCCGUUUGAAGAACCAACUCGCGAUCAAAUCUUCGUCGGAAUCCGACGCGUUUUGCUUUAGAUCCAAAGGUUUGAUUGAAAUCACGAAAGCAUCGAAGGAUCUGAAUCACAAAGUUCCUGCAAUUUUAGCCGUGGAGGUGGAUCCAAAAGGAGGGCCUAGGAUUCAAGAAGCAGCCAUGAAGCUCUACCAUGGCCACCGAGAUGGAGACUGCGGGAGAAUUCACCUGCUACAGGCUUUACAGGCAAUCGAAUCUGCUUUGAAGAGGUUCUUCUUCUCGUAUCGACAACUCAUCAUGAUACUAAUGGGGAGCUUGGAGGUGAAGGGGAACAGAGGUAUGGUGUCUGCGGAUUCUACAGAUGCGUUGUCGCAGAUCUUCUUGGAACCCACGUAUUUUCCGAGUUUGGAUGCGGCGAAGACUUUUCUUGGGGAUUUCUUGCGUUACGAUCUUGGAACUGUAAGUGCGAAUGGAUCGAAUGGCAGAGUUCGAACAAAACAUUGAAAGAGAUACAUCCAGAAGAACAGUUUUAAAUUAAAUCAAUUCUUUGUUUAGCUGAAAUUUGUUACAAGGGGAGCAUUACCUUUAGACUAGAAGUGAAAUUUUCAUGAUGGGUAUAACAACAAAUCCUGUAAAUUUGUCUUAAAGAUGAUUUUCAGAUUAACUGAAACUGAAACAGUUUGGAAUUCUUUUCAUUCAA